AGUUUUCGAAGUGUGAAGGGACAGUUUUUUUUUCCAAAAGAGUUUUGUAUCUCUCUUCGACGCUCUGCCGGAGUCGCAUCCAUAAGCCUGACAAAGCAAUCAAAAGCAAGUCUACCCCCCUUGUACAGCAUGCCUCCGGAGGUCUUUGACCCGAUAUCUUCCGCCCCCUCCGGUGAGGAGACAUCGCUCAACAUGACCGGCACGAGAUUGUCGCGCUUCGUGAACAACUACUCCCCCAUGCACGACAAGCCGUGGGGGCAUCUGGAGCUGAACAGCGGUGUCUACCUGGACGACGAACUGAGCGAGAAGCUCGCGGAUGAUCGCCGCCGCAACGUUCAGCACCACCUGGUGGCGGACAAAGCCUUCAAGGAGUACUGCGCCGCCCGUCUGAACAAUGCGAGCACGAUGCGCGUGUAA